GACAAAAGACAAACACAAAGUGGUUAAAUCUCAUUUGUUCAGAGUAUUUAACUGCAAAUGUAACUGCACACUGUAGGAAUAGAAAAGGGCUAUUAUUAUUACUAACUCACAAUUGACCCCUCCGUAGAAAUUGCGUAAUCCGCGUCACUCACCAAUCAGAGGCCAGAGAUCUAUAUAAACCACGGCCCUUUUUUUGCACCCGCCAUUUUCUCAGACAAUAACAAAUAGGUUUUGUUAGUGUUUUAUCGCGUAUUUGGGUUAUUUAACAAAAAAUAUGGUUAAGAGGUGUAGUCACGGACUUCGUAAUAGGGACGACAGAUAUCCUGAAAGGCUAGUUGGUGGAGUUCGAUUCGUACACUUUACAAAACCGAAGACCCAGUACGAAAAAUGCCUUCGAUGGAUCAAACUUUGUGGAAGACCGCAUCAUCAACUGAAUCCAUCUAAUAUCAACCGGAAGAGAUAUGUUUGCAUGAAGGACUUCGUAAACCAGUCACUACCAUUCAAGAAAUUACCAGACCCCUUUCCUGCGGAUUCCCUUUGUCGUCUCAAUCAACCAGGAAGGCACCAUUAAAAAGAAAAUGUUUGAACUUUGCAACUGAGCGGGAAUCAACUUUAAGUACUCAGCCUGAGGAAAGCACCAUGACUGAAGAUAUUGGCACCAACGGCGACACAUCUACCGGAACAGUUUCUACUGCGACUCAGGUGCAUUCAAGAUGGGUUGAACCAAUGGAUCUGAUGUCGUUAGUCGCUGAAAAGGAAAUCCUACAGAGAGAUUAUGCCAAAUACACACUUGAACACCUGGAGACCAAACGACAGCUCAACAUGCUGGAAGAAAAGUUCAGACGGAACGACAAUGUGACAUCUUCAUCUUUCACUGUUGAUGUGCUUAUGGAGGAUGAGAGUCAUAUGCAUUAUUACACAGGCUUUUCCAAGGACACAUUCAAUGCAAUUUUCAAGUUUUUGGUGCCUGACACUGAUUCAUGCCCUUUAAAAUAUGUUGGCAAAUGCAAUCUUUCUCAGAUAAAGAAGAUAUCAUUUAAAGAUCAAUUACUAUUGACUCUAUGCAAACUAAGAAAUGACUCUGACCUACAAGACCUAGCUUUUCGAUGUAGUCUUACAAAGCAAGUUGUUGGCAUUGUGUUCAACUCGUGGGUGAAUUACAUGUAUCUCCGAUUUGGUGAAGUAUGCAUCUGGCCACCCAGAGAUGUUAUAUAUGAACACAUGCCAGGUAAUUACAGACAGGAAUUCCCAGAUACUUUCAGCAUUAUUGAUUGUACUGAAAUUAGAAUUCAGAAGCCUUCAUCACUCAAUGCCCAGUCUCAAACCUACAGUACUUACAAAUCAUGUAACACACUCAAAGCCUUAGUUGCUGUAGAUCCCAGAGGGUCUGUUAUAUUUAGCUCUAUGCUGUUUGCUGGAUCGAUUUCUGAUAAGGAAAUCUUUAAAAAAUCUGGAUUUCAGUCUAUGUUGAAACAACUUGUUGAGAUUGGAUAUCUGAAAACGGGUGAUGGGAUAAUGGCUGACAAAUGUUUUGACAUUGUGAAAGAAGUAGAGGAUGUUGGACUUAAACUGAACAUUCCACCUUUUGCCAAAUCAGGGAUACAAAUGAAUUCACAUGAUGUGAACCUUACACAAAAAAAUUGCCAAACACAGAGUUCAUGUGGAAAGAGCGAUCAGACGAAUUAAAAGUUUCAAGAUACUGAGUGGCCGCAUUCCUUUGUCACUGAUGUCUUCAAUUGCACAGAUUUGGUAUGUCUGUUCUUUUCUAACCAAUUUCAUGCCAUUGUGUAUAAAAAGAAAGUGAAACUUACAGAUGUUGCAAGACCACCGGCCACAGGCACCGUACCCAGAUGAGUGUUCACUGUCAGUCUUGGGCUGGACACCACAUAGGCCAUUGAACAGUCUUCCAAAGACUUUAAGUGAUCAAUAUCUUCUUGUUGGACUUGAAUGUUUCUGUGAAAUAAAGGAGUUUGACAGUUGAUUAACA